AUGCACAGUAGCUGGUGUUGGAGGAAGAUUAUUGAGCUUAAAAAUGAUUUAAAAUGCAAGAUAACCCCUCGGGAUUUCAUGGCUGAAACAUGUAAAAUUGCUGAAGUCUACAAAAUACUAACAGCUCCUACAGAAAGCUAUCACUGGAGUAAGCAGGUUUGGUCGAGACUAAACAUCCCCAAGCAUAGCUUCUUGAUAUGGCUAGCAGUUCAAGACAGACUGAAAACCAGGGAGAGGCUAUUUAGAUUCAAUGUUGCAGCAGAGGCUACUUGCAUUCUCUGCAAUGAUCUAAAUGAAAAUACUUCUCACCUAUUCUUUGACUGUAAGUUCUCUCAGAGUUGCUUAAGUCAAAUUAAAGUCUGGUUAAAUUGGAGAGUAGUAUCUGUCUCACUACAAGGACUAUUGAGAUGGAUUAACAGGUCCAAGGCUAGCAAGUUCAGAAGAGGUAUUUUUGCUGGUACAAUUGCAGCUCUAGUUUACCACAUUUGGAAAGCAAGAAAUCUCAAAUUGUGGCAAGCAAACACAAUCGAUCCAGACCAGGUUGUUCAAGAAGUCAAAUGGCAAGUCAAAACUAGGAUCACCUAUGUGAUGCCUAAGCAAGUUUUAAACACAGAUUAA